UAUUCAAUCAUUAUCGUUCGUCGUCGUAGAACUUCAUACAAAACUUGUGUUUCAAGUGUAAAUAUAAACAAACUCACGAAGCAAAUAAUGCGAGAAUACAAGACAAGUUCACAUCAUUCUGUAUCAUUCGACGAAUAAUUUUUUCGCGAAGAUGAUUCUACACGUAUUGCUCAUUUUGAGCACCAAGUUGAUGGAAUUAAAAUCAGAAAAAGCUUUGAUUUUUAGCCCAUCGUUGAAUGAGCCCCAAGACCUUUGCAGUGUUCCUGGUGAUGAACUGACUUUCACCGUUAUACUCGCGUGCCCUGCUACCUCACAAAAAGAGAAACAAUUCGAUGAGAAAGUCUCCCUCACUGGGCAUAGUUUAUUUUACAGGGAAUUUCACCCUAAACACAAACUGGUGGAAAAUAUCCAGCAGGAUAUUUGUGAAAAGUCGUUCGAACCUGUCAUGGUUUACGAUCACACACGUGACGAAUAUAAAAUUGGCUACGAGUUGUAUUAUGAUGAUGCGAAAGUACCCGAAUUUAACUCGUGUAAUGGAACAUGCUACCACAGUUAUCAAUUGGCACAAAUGGCGAAAAAUCAAACCAAUCACGAACUGACGAACCAAACUGCACCCACAAGUGACCUGGUGAUUAAAUACGAAGAUGGCCAUAAACUGAAAUUUAAUUUCACUGAUGGAUCUCAAACCCUGGUUUUCCAUUGGGUGGACGUUUUGACCUUGAAAUCUUCAGGGAACAACAAACGUAUUGUGAAUUCAUUGACUUACACAUCUUGGAUUUAUAAUUUAUCGAGUACGUGUCAAUAUUACAAUCCUUCAGAUGAAAAUAUAUAUUCAGAACAAAAUCAAGAAAUCCAUCUAAAAGAUAUCUUCGUCCAACCAUCUCCUAGCAACGAAACCAACCAUGUAAACAUAUCCUGUGGACAAGCCUACGGUUGUCUAGUAAAUGCUCAAAUAGGAUCUUUGAUGCAUUUCCUCUCAAGUGCAGAAAGACUCGCCAGUUGUUCUCACAUGAAUAUGAUCCCAGUUUGGAAAACUAUCGCCGAAGGGCAACUGCUAAAAGUUGACGCUUACACGAUGGCAUUGGACGCUUUAUUCAUCCCAUAUCGUAAAAUACUCGGCGUAAGCGGCGUUCUCAAGAUGAGAAAAGCCAGCAACCCUGACGAAUCUCGAGAAAUCCUCUUAUCAGAUUGCGAACACCGGACAGUAAUCCACGUACCUAAAAUAAUAUACAGAAUUAUCGAAUACCAAAGAGUUCAAUGCGGAAACGAUGUAGAUAAAUCGCAAUGGGUAAUAAAUCAACACGCUGCAGUCAUUAUAAUCCAUAACGAUCCUUCUUUGGUACAAAUAUCGGAUGACCAAAGACUCUGUGAUAGACAAUCUACUCUGACCGGAGGAUGGGAAACGAUUAUAAAUGAUGAUCCGAGAACUGGACUCACAUACGUGUGUCCAAUGACUCCGGAGUUGAAUGAUGAAUUAGGAGCGUAUGAAGAUAGUAUAACUGCAGAGACCUUUCAGCCUUUGAAUGUGGAUGCGGUGCCGUAUUGUAAUAGUUUAACUAUGUGGGAUCCAGAGGAUAAGAUUUUCCAUUUGAAUUACACUACCAAUAUACUCGAAAAUUUCGACGAAAUAUUGGCUGAUGCACGCGCUCGAUAGCUGUAAGUAUCGGCCCCGUCGGGUGUAGAAUGUUCAUCCAUUGAAAUUCAAUCGCUUCCGAUCAAGAUUGAAACCACAAAUUAAAUCCAAUCGAAUCUCACCUGAUUUUCAAUCUCAAAAAUGAGGCCAUCCGAACAGAUGCGAAUGGAUCAAUUUUGAUAUUCGUAACUGUAGACAGAAUCGAAUCAGGUCUAUGAGAUCUGACUAAAGCUGAUGAGUGAUGAGACCUACCUAUAUAUUAUACUGUUCUCAAUUGUAUGGAUCCAAUCUGAUCCUAGGGGAUUAGGAUCUGAUGUAAUUGGAUCUCAUUACAUUCUGAUCGGAUUAGAUAAUUUUUUUUCUAAAAUCCGAAUAAUCAAGGAUCGAAUUGGAUCCAAAAUGUUUUCCAUGGGGUAAGUAAUUCUAUUAGGAACUCAUUUUAUGAUGAAUAUCAAUCAAAAUACAUUUUUUUACACGGA